AUCAUCUUGUGAAAGAAGGGAGCCGGCAGGCUCCACGUCCCUGCAGCACCGAGGCCAGCUGGGGCCUGGUCCCUCUCCCCAGGGCUCUGGCUGCCCUGUCUGGCCCUAGGAGGGCGGGGCUGGUUGCCAAGGCUGCAGGUGGUGUGGAUCCGGAAGCAGGAAACAGUCUGUGCUCUGAAGACCCGGGAUCUGCCAGGCUAGGGAGCAGAGCUUCCUGGAGGCAGGUGGUUCCUGCUGAGAUGGGUCUGUCCGUGGAGGAGCUGAGGCAGGAGCUGGAGGUCACGGCCCAGGAAGUGCUGGGGAGACUGAAGAGCCACCGCCUGUUCCAGUCCGAGUGGGACACCGCUGCCUUCGUGGUCUUCCUCAUCUUCGUGGGCACCGUGCUGUUCCUGCUGCUGCUGGUCACUGCCCACUGCUGCUGCCACUGCUGCUGUGCCUCCCCCAGGCCCCGGAAGGAGAGACCUCAGGGAGUGGAUAACUUGGCCCUGGAACCUUAACGCCUCUCCCUUGGCCUGUGUCCGGCUGGCAAUGGUAACAAAGCUUCUGUUUGCUCAGAGUGUGCGUCUUGCUGUGUGUUCCAAGCGUCCCUCCAGAUCACCUGGCUCAUGGCCUCAGAUGUGGGGCCUCAGCUCCCAAGCAGAGCUCAUCACCUUUCCACUUGGCCCAUGGAUGACCAGGGGAUGGACCAUCUGUCCCCAGAUGGGUGUGGCAAAUGGGGUGGGAACCACUGACCACCAGGGACCCCAGCUGGCC